AUGGAAAGCUACGAAAGCAGAGGAUUGGCGAUUCAAAGCUUCACGAGGCUUGCAGGCGACAUUCGCCGAUCGAAUGGCGAAGGGAGGUCGUCGACACUGGGGCCGGAGAGGCUGAAGAAACGAAGCUUCAAUCUCCUUGUCCGGCUGCGAGAUUUAGGUGGGUGUUUUGUUGGUUGGUAUUGGCAGCAAGAAGAUGAAGAAAGGUGGUGUUUGGUUUGCUUAUUCGACAAAAGAAUGGAGAAGGACGAUGGAGGCUUGAAGUCCAUUUCUUUUGACCGAUUUCACAUGGACAACACCUCCAGUGGAGUUGUUCUUGACUGGAACGAAGGAGAAGGAGAAAGAAAACCGGAUGUUGUUAUUUGGUGA